AUGCAGGAGGAAGCACCCCGUGAGGUGCCAGAGGCAGGGUCGUCCUCCUUGGCUGCAGAGAGGCCGCCUUUGGUGGAGGAGGAGGAGCCGCCGGCCGAUUUCAUCUGCUCGAUCACGACCGAGGUCAUGAGCGACCCGGUGAUGGCGGCGGACGGGCACGCCUACGAGCGGACGGCGAUGGAGCGCUGGCUCGCGACCAAGUCGACGAGCCCGAUGACGGGCGAGGCGCUCGAGUACACGGGGCUCUUCCCGCACCACAUGCUGCGCAGGCAGAUCCGAGAGUGGCAAGAGGCAGGACGGUAG